AUGGAACUUGAAAAAGAAAAAAAAGAAUUAAAAUUGCAUUUUACUUUUAAUCAUAGUCAGGCGGUGCAGGCGGGCAAUGUGUUGUAUGUUUCUGGUUCUUUAGGCCUAGAUGAGAAGACGUUGAAACCGGUCGAGGGUGGAGCAGCGGCUGAGGCUAGGCAAUCACUAAAAAAUAUCCACGCGAUACUUAAACAUGCUGGCACUUCAUUCGAUAAAAUUACUAAGACCACAGUACUGCUGAGUGAUAUUAACAAUGCUAAGUUUGUAAACGAAGUCUAUCAAGAAUUUGUAAAAGAACCGUAUCCGGCCAGAUCUACUUAUCAAGUGGCUAAAUUACCAUUGGACGCGCUUGUGGAAAUCGAAGUCAUUGCUAUUGUCGAGGAAUGAUUUAACACCAUCAAUUUAUUACAAAACUAUGAAUACCUACUAUUGAACUAUUUUAAUAAGGCGAUCUAUUUUAUGUCUAAUAUUAAUCUAGGUACAGUUUGAGACGCGUUGUAUAUUAUACAUUUUGUUCUAAAGCUAAUAUUGUAGUGACAUGUAGAAUGUAGUUUUAAUUAAUAUGUAUUAUGUAGGUAUAGUGUAUAUUUGCCAAUUAUAUGCAAACAUUAAUAAUGUUAUAAUAGGUAGGUACAUAAUAAUAUGUAUUGUCUUCAUUUAUUUUAUAUUAGGUAGGUAUAAACUUAUAACCAAAUAUCCCUAGUCCACUGUAAUAAAUUGCACGAAUCAUUAUGAAAUAGAAACUAUUUCGUCAUGACAAAUGACAAUCAUAGGAUGAUCCUGUUGAGAGUCUAACAAUAUCCUAGCAGCUAGGUAGAUGUAUGGGGUGAUAUUAAUUGGGGCUAGGGCUGACGUUUUUUUUGGUAUACCGGUUCCAAAAAUUCCCCUAAUACUGGUACCUAGCAUAGGCGCAAAUAGCGUUUGGGAUUUUUUUUUUUGGGGGGGGGGGGCGGUUAAAACCUUACUUUUAUAAUAUUGAAUAAGCUUAAAGUAGUAAAUGUUUGCGGGGGCUAUGGACAUUUUUGGAGGGGGCUUAGCCCCUAAAGUCCCCCCUAUUUGCGCCUAUGGUAUUUCCAUAUUUGCGCCUAUCUAAUUUCAAUACUGCCAACCCUAGUCUAUGGGUGUGAAUUUAUUUAAUUAUUUUUAACUCACUUUAAAACAUAGCUUCCUUAAUCCUUACCAUAAAGUUUUCAUAAAGUUUACUAAUGAAUUCAAUUUUGGAACUAUUUUUUACAUUUUAUCUUUUUUUUGGAAAUUUUUUCAGUCUUAUUAGUUUUUUUUCAGAAUACUUUUAAUAAUUUCUUUCAUUUAAAACUUUAUACACAUUUUAUGAAUUAUUGGUUGAUAUAUCAAAACAUUUUACACUUGAUAGAUUUUUGUAUUUUUUUUUGUUGAUUACAAUUUUUUAAUCUUUACUACCUAUAUUUAUACCACAGAAUAACUGCUUAUACAGCUGUGCAUUUUAUAGUUUUAUACUGACUUCUUUGAAAUUUUAGUAGCCCCAGUAAUAACGAAUAAUUAAUACCUAAUAGUUAACACAUAAUUAGAGUGUUAAUAUUUAGUUUAUAUACAUAGCAAUAUAGCAUUAUUAUACAGGAUUGAGAUGUUUUUUAUAGUAAUUGGAUGAUCCCGAAUCCUGAUCCUGUAUUCCUGUUAGUGUCAACUGAUUAGAUACUAUUUAAUUUAUAUUUCGAUAUUAAUACAUAUAAAAUGUAUAAUAAACAAUAGUAUUUUACUAUUAUAAUAUUACUACCCAGUACCCAAUAUGUUUCCUAGGUACCAUCCUAGCUACUUGAUCUAGGUAGGUCGGUAGAUCAACAUUUGAUAGGUAUUUUUUUACCUUGGGUAUAUUAUAUUCUAUUGAUUUAAUUUGUUAUAUAGGGCAGUUGUAUUGUAUUUAAACGGUUAUUUACAGAAUAUAGUAUAAUUAUUAAUUAUAAUGAUUUUAUAAUACAUUAUAGAUUAUAAUAUAAUAUAAUCAUUAAUCAAUGGUAUAAUAUACAACCAUAACCAUACACAUUUCCUUAUAAAGACACUACUUAGUACAUUAUUUCACUGUCUCAUAUUUUUGUCCAAAAGGUUUUUUAGGUAUUUUUAAUUAUUCUUAAUACCCAAAGACUCAACAAGAAACUAAAUUCUGUGAGAGGAUCUUCAACCUCACUUAUAUUUUAACAUUUCACAUAUUAUUAUAAAUAGGUAUACAUGAUUUAUUAUUAAUUUCCCAAAGUAUAGCUAAUGCAUCAAAUAAUAAAUUAUUGAUACAAAAUUAUUUUCACAAAAACUACAAAUAAUACAAUAUAAAUAUAAAAAAAAAAAAAUUUUUACAAAAUACAUAUCGUCACAUUUAUGCUAGAAUCUAGUAAAUACAUUAUAAUAGUUGUACAUAUUAAUGUAUAUCAUGUUACUGUUUAACUCAAGUUUGAUAACCAAUAUUCAAUUUCAGUUAGAUCUUAGUUUGCUUAAAAUGUCAAAAUAAACCUUUGUGGUCCUGGAAAUAUGCUUAACUUUAAAUAAGAUUGUAGGUUUUUUUAUGACUCAUAAAUUAAUAAGAGGAAGGAAUCACAAAUAAUUGUAAUACUUAUCUAGGCCCAAAUUUAUUUUAUCAGAUAUUAAUGACGUAUUUAAUAAAUACUUUUACGAGUACACUACCCAUGCAUUUUUUGUCUCCGUCAUACACACGUAUGACAAAGCAAAUUUUCAUUCAUUAGUUUCAAUAGUGUGCUGUUAUGAUAUUAGAGUGCAUUCACCUUAUACCAAAAUUUUAGGUAAGAACAUUAUCUGUGCUUAAGCGUUGUCGAUUUUUCAAUAUUUUAACUUUCAAGCGAGAUGUGAUCAUUUUUAAUUUGUAAUACUAUAUAAUUCGCCGACACUUAAGCACAGAUAAUGAAAUUACCAAAAUUACCAAAAAGUUUGAUAAUAUCAAAACUAACAGCACACUAUUGAAAACUAGUGAAUGAAAAUUCCCUAUGUCUUAAGUGUGUUAGAACGUCCUCUUAACAAAUAUUAUUUGAGUAAGGAAGCACUUAAUAAUUUACAAGACACUACUUUAAUACUACUCAAAAAUUACCCACUUAUUAAUGAUGAUUAAAUAAAUACAUAGUGUGAAAGCCAAAUUAUAUACAAUAUCUUACUAUCAAACCUCAUUGGCUUGAUUGUUCAUUAUUUGAGCCUAAACAUGUGUUCAACCUUAUUCAUAAGUCAUGUAAAUGUAAAAUAUAUGAAAGUGAAACUAGAUAUUUUAUAGAAAAGCAUUAAUUUAAUUGUGAGUAAAAUUUUAUAAGUAUAAAAUUAUAGAAGGACCAUAAUACUUGUGAUCAUAUUUACACAUAUUGUUGGUCAUGUUUCAUCAAAUUGCAUAGGUCUUAAAUUACUGUCUAUAAGUACUCUGUAUUUCAACUAUGUAUUUACAGUUGAAUAAGGUAUUUUAAAGUUCAAGGGGAAAGAAAAAAUGUUGAAAUAUUAAAAAUCAAUGAGGUAUUAUUGUGGUGGAAAGAGAAUUUUGUAUAAUCGCUAUCAAAAAUGUAGAGUAGACUGUAAGUGCAUUUUUUUAGAUCAAAUGAUUUCUAAAAAAAAAGAAUGUUUAUAAUAUGACAACUGGUAUAUUAUGUAUAAUUAAAGAUAUUUAUUAUAAAAUCAA